CGGCCGGAAGCUAUCCCGUCCUCCCUUGCGAAUUUGUAGGCAAGUAAUUUCGACGGGCUGCUUGGAGGAGUUUGGCUUAAUUGGACAGCCAUGGCUGACGUGCUGGACCUUCACGAGGCGGGCGGCGAGGACUUCGCCAUGGACGAGGACGGCGACGAAAGUAUCCACAAAUUGAAGGAAAAGGCGAAGAAAAGAAAAGGCAGAGGUUUUGGGUCAGAGGAGGGUUCUAGAGCCCGAGUUCGUGAAGACUACGACAGUGUGGAGCAAGAUGGUGAUGAACCAGGACCUCAGAGAUCGGUGGAAGGUUGGAUCCUCUUCGUCACGGGUGUGCACGAGGAGGCGACGGAGGAAGACAUUCACGACAAGUUCGCCGAGUUUGGGGAGAUCAAGAACCUCCACUUGAAUCUUGACCGGCGGACAGGCUAUCUGAAGGGAUACACGCUGGUGGAAUACGAAACCUACAAAGAAGCCCAGGCAGCUAUGGAGGGCCUGAAUGGGCAGGAUCUGAUGGGGCAGCCCAUCAGCGUGGAUUGGUGCUUCGUCAGAGGGCCUCCGAAAGGAAAACGAAGGAGUGGCCGUAGAAGAAGCCGAAGUCCUGACCGAAGACGGCGUUGAAGGGACUUUCGUUUGGCAACUCCCCACCGCUGUGGAUGUUUCCGACAUCACCUUCCUCGCGAGCUGAAUUCAGGGAGGGAGGUUCUCAUUUAUUUGCCCUAAUUGCCACCUGUUUAAUUUUGUAUUUGCCUAAUGGUUUUUUAAAUUUUUUUUCCCCUUAGCCUUUGGACUUUUAGACCCCGCCCUCUUUUCUGUGUUUGUAAAUUCUGGUUUUAAGCCUGUAAACAAUGUAAAGGACCUCUGAAGCA